AUGGGCAUCCGAGAAGCAUCGACCACUUGCACGUUUCCAGUAGUGUACAAAUUCCAAUCAAGCAUCACCUAUCCAGGUUUUUUAAAUACGCUUUCAUUGGAAGUGUUCAUACGAAACCUGUUGGAUUUAUGUCAUGUCAUCAUGCACGUGAAUGACAAUGAAGUGCUUGUAAAUUUUAAACUGCUACUCAUUGGCGAUAGUGGAGUUGGGAAAUCAAGCUUGUUAUUGCGUUAUACUAACGAUUGCUUCGAAAGCCAGUUGUCUGCAACCAUUGGUGUGGAUUUCAAAGUCAAACUUGUUACAGUUCCUGAUGGGACGAAGAUAAAGCUUUCUAUCUGGGAUACUGCUGGUCAAGAACGAUUUCGUACUUUAACGCCUAACGUUUAUCGUGGUUCACAUGCUGCUGUUUUUGUAUACGAUGUAUCAAAUCGUGAAAGUUUUGAGCAUCUUUCUAGUUGGAUGGAAGAGUUGAAAACUUAUGCAGACAAUCCAAAUAUGGUAAAACUUCUAGUUGGCAAUAAAAUUGAUAGUGAGCCUCGAGAAAUUCCCCGUGAAGAAGGUCUUCGUUUUGCUCGUCUCUACAAUAUGCCUUAUGCUGAAACAAGUGCUAAAACCAAUGAAGGUGUUCAUCAAUUAUUUUGUGAAGUUGUAACAAAUAUAUAUAAUCAUUCUGAAUUAUGGAAUCAAGGUAAAAAACGUGCAGUUUCUGGUGUUACAAGUCGUGCUAAUUUAGGUCAAUUUCAAGAUGAACAAUCACAAAGUGGUUGUUGUUCAUAA